AUGUCGGGUCAUAUUAUCGAUUACAAAGUUAUCGCAUGUUCUUCUGAAGACCACGAGCUCCAGAAGCAUAUUUCAACGUUACCAGAGUUCCAAAUAACGGGAAAUAAGGGUACGUUUCACUUCGUCGAGCACGGCUCGGUGAACGAACGGCAGAGUUUGUACUGCAGUGAUUCCGCGGAAUAUAUACGCUUUACAGUACAUGGCUAUUACCAUAAUGCGGAGAACGAAGAUCGUCAGAUAUGCGUCGCCGCCAUAGUGAUCCGAGCACCAGGCGCGGCGUUGGGCGGCUCCAGUAUGUCCUACUCGCAAGGAGCUCACUCGGACGAUCUGCUAAGUCGGAGCAUAACCUCGGUUAAGAAUCCGGUGUUGGAUGAGGGACGCUAUAGCCCAGCUCGGACUCCUAGUCGAAGUUUGGUCAGCCCAUUUGACCCGAAUAAACACGGCAUCAAGCUUAAUACGAGCUCCCGUAACAAUUCACCAAUCCGCCGAUCACCACUCCCGGUUCCGCUUCCCGCGCCGACCAAGCGGCGCCCGUCCCCCCAGCCACAACCCCCGCCAAUCGCCAAGGCAAACUUGCAGCAUUUGUUCAACUCGGACUCGGAGGAUGAGGAGGUAAUCUUCACGAAAAGCAUGGUCAAGCGGUUGAACAGCAAGCUGAAAGACCCAUCAGACACCCCCUCAACUUCCGACCGCCCUAAUUCCACCGGAUCCAGGGCGCCUACGAGAAGCCCGUCAAGAAAUUCCAGAAAUUCCUCGAAAACGGGAGAGCGCCCGGAUAGCGUACAGAUUCGGAGGCCGAUGCCGAUGGAUAAGGAUGAGAAGGAUUUGAAAAUUAAGACGACCGAUCCUGAUGCGAAAAGCGAAAAAUCGGCCGAUAGUGGUCGUCAAUCACUUCCGGAAGAUGGCCCACUAUCUCCGAGAUCUCGAGACCGCAUCUUGCGCGAAAUCGCCGGAGUGGAAUUUGGCGGAUCCGGAAAGCUCUCCGACAAAAAGAAAUACUAUUUCCGACGCUCUAUGAAUGUCUAUAACAACACGAUUCGGAUUUUGGAAGGCCGAAAAGAAGAAUAUUUGUAUAAAGAACAAUACGGAGUCGUUGACGGCCUUCAGCAACAACUUGAGCGUCUUUAUGCCAAAGAAGCCCCACUCCGCGAGCUAUUAGUGGAGCGGCUCGAUGCACUACAAGCCAAUAAAUAUCAACAGGCCCAAAACUUAAAAGACAAAUUCGAUGCCCAGCUUGCCGAUGCUGUCGACUUGGAGAAGUUGAAGAAGUAUUUGAGCAAGGCCGAGACUUCGAGCAUACCGACAACGCCCAGCACGGCUCCGCGAACCACCUUCACCGUCGGCAUGAUUGUAACCGAGACUCAAAGGGGCCUAAUCGGCUUCAGCAUCACGGCCGGCGUGAUCCCGUUGGCGUUGCAGCGCAUCCGGGACCUCGAACUCAUCAAUGACGUCGAUUUCGAGUUCAUCGUCAACUACACCGACUGCACGGAGGCGAACGCGGCCGGAGUGGCUGUAGACUUGCUCCAGAAGCAGGACGUAGAUGUCAUCUUGGGCCCACCAUGCGCUAAUGCAAUUGUUCCCGUCGGGUUCUUGACCUCGUUCUACGGGACGCUGCAGGUAGCCGGGGUAAAUUACGUUGAUGACGCUACGACACUAUGGGCUGCUCGGGGAGGUGUCCGACCACUGACGACGCCGAUAUGCGGCUACAAAGGCGACGAUUGCCCGUUGAGCACCUGGGAGAAAAGCGGCCUCUACAUCGUCAUCGGUGAAGUAAUCCAGAAAGGUACCCUGACGCUGGAUGCCUUCUUUGCCAUGGCGCUGAUCAAAGAUUUGGUCGAGGGGCUCCACUUCGUGCACCGGUCGUUCUUGGGUGUUCAUGGGAAUUUAAGCUCUACAACGUGUUGGAUUGACGAACGAUGGCAGCUGAAAGUAUCUGGAUUUGGCUGCAAGACGCUUCGACAGGGCGAGCCGCCGGAGAAGCGGAAAAUUGUGACCCGGAAGAGUGUUUUCGAUUUGGAGAAUCGGGAUGAGAAGCUGGAAGAGCUUCUCUACAUGAUUAAGCGCGGCUCCCAUCUACCGGCCCGCCCUGACCUGACUGUCCACGAAGAAAUGGAACUCAACCCGGCUAUGAUCCACCUAAUUCGCGACUGCUGGGAUGAGAGUCCGAUGAAACGACCGGAUCUUGGAAUCGUGAAAAACGUCAUGAAAUCGAUGUCGACAAGCAGCGGCCAGCAAAAUCUGAUGGACCACGUCUUCAAUAUUAUGGAGAGCUAUGCCGAAACCCUCGAGAAAGAGGUCGAAACUCGCAUGGCUGAGCUCGUGGAGGAGAAAAAGAAAAGUGACAUCUUGCUUUAUCGAAUGCUGCCAAGGCAAGUAGCAGAUCGCUUGAAACUCGGCCAAUCCGUCGAGCCGGAAUCGUUCGAUUCGGUGACGAUCUUCUUUUCCGACGUCGUGCAGUUUACGAAUUUAGCGGCAAAAUGUACCCCGCUACAGAUCGUGACACUCCUUAACGAUCUCUAUACGACAUUCGAUACCGUAAUCGAACAACACCAUGUUUACAAGGUCGAAACUAUUGGUGAUGGAUACCUCUGCGUUUCUGGCCUACCCAAGCGUAAUGGGAAUCAGCACGUCAAAGACAUUGCCGAGAUGUCGUUGGGAUUCUUCCGUGAAGUCCAGAUGUUCCGCGUACCACACUUGCCGACACAGACUAUAAACCUGCGCAUCGGGAUGCAUUCCGGGUCUUGCGUGGCCGGGGUGGUCGGAUUGGCGAUGCCCAGGUACUGUCUCUUUGGAGAUACCGUAAACACAGCUUCGCGGAUGGAAAGUAAUGGGAAACCCGGCAAAAUCCACAUGUCAGCCGAUGCAGCCGCUCUCUUGAGUCGAUUGGGAGGCUACCAAAUUGAGUCGAGGGGAGAGGUGAUGAUCAAGGGAAAAGGUGUGAUGGAAACCUUCUGGCUUGAGGUGAGGCGUAAUUUGGGAAUUUGUCGAUCUCACGAUUCCGCCACGUUGCAGCGUCACCUGGUGUGCCAUGACACACUACAAUGCAACCUGCUCACCAUCUAUCUAGCUUUCCUGCAAGAGUGCCAACCG